CUCAGCUCUCCACUGCUCACUCUCCAUCUCAAGCCUUAAAGCCGCUCCAGCGAAGCAGUGCGCACCGAACAACUCAUCCUCACCGAGUUGGAGGUUCACUCUUUGGAGCAGAGAAAAAAACCCGAGAAACAAAGCCAAGAUGUCUUCCUACGUGUCCUACUCUGAGUGCCACCGGGUCAGCCCGUCUGUCCACGGCAACAAGUUCGCCACGGCGCACCGCAAGAAGGCGACGGCGAACAUCUUCGAGACCGUCAACCAGGACGCACUGAUGCGGCUCUUCCAGAAGACAGGCGACAUGAAGGCGGAGGAGAGAGUGAGGAGCAUCUUCUCCUACACCCAGGACCCAGAGGAGACGGCCCGGGCUCUGAUGGCUCUCAAGCAGCGGAAGAAGGACAAGUUCCUCCAGAUCGUGGGCAUGGUACGGCAGCUGCUCCAAAUGCGCUGAGUGUGGUUUCAACCAAUUCUUUCACCGCCUGUGUGUCUCUGAAAGUGCUCAUUGUGUGAGCCGAACGUGAAAACAAUCCCAAAUGUGGCUGGGUUAACGCCGCAGACGCACCUGGAAAAAGGAGCGUGAGGUGCGGAUGGAGGAGGAUGUGCGGCCGGUCGCCUGGAGGGCAACAAGCCGCAGCUGUCGCCUCGUGGACGGAUGGAGGUGAUGGCAGAGAGUCCUGCCUGCAUGGAGCACCAUGAACUGACUGGAAUAUGACUUUAUGGCUUUACGCGUCUUCCUGAGACUUGAAGUGUGGAUGCCUGACUGUGAAGCAGCCUCCUUGUACAAGUGCACAUCACCGUGCAUGAUGAUGAUGGUGGUGGUGCACUGAGCUGCCAUCUGAGACUUUCUAUAGUGCCGAACAACCCUGCCUACAUGGAUGCCUGAUGUCCUCAAAAACAUUGCCUUGUCUCUCUUAGCUUCACUUUGUUAUAUGAAAAUGACUGUUCAUUAGUGGCCACUAAUAAUGUGUUAUUGUCACAAUGUUUAGAGCACAAUGAUCAUGACGUGUUCCUUUGUUUGUCUUUUUUAAAAAUAAAUUAUUGAAUUGUA